AUGGAUAAAAAUGCUUCCCAGAGUAAUUCUAAUUAUAUUUAUGAACUAUAAUAAGGAAACCAGAAAAAGGAUAUUGACUUACAAGAAAAUAAAUCAGCUUAGCAUCAUAGAACUGGGCUUAGCUUUGAUGGCAGAUAAUUACUAUUUUCAAACGGUUUGAAUUAAAAUGUAUUUUUUAAACAUAAUCACAACUUAUAGGGUGGAGAUUCAGCACAUUAGAAAAAGCUUAGAGAUUAAUACAAGGAAUUUGAUAUAAUCACUAAUCAAACCAGGCCACAGAUCACUUCCUUUUACAACUCUACUCACAAAAACAUAGAGAAAGAUACAAUGUUAAACAUGCUUGCUACUUAAUCAGUUAUCAACGAAGCAAUGAAUGGUUAAAACAAUAAAUAAAAAUCUCAUUAGUAGCAAAAUUAAACUACCAAAAGUUUAAUGCCUUACAGAGAAUUGAAUGCGAGUGUAGAUAUUCCUCCUAGAUCAAAUUAAAUUCAGGGUAUAUAAUCUACCACAAAUAAUUACGAUAAGGAAUAAUAAAAAUAGCUUUAAUAGAUAUUUAGGACAUACAACAAUACUAAUACUAAUAGUUUUGUAGAGAUUUAGCAUAAGGGUAAUGAACAAAACUUAUAACCUCCAAUAACAAGAGAUAAUCAAAUAGUGUUCUUUAAUCACGGUGAUAGAAUCAGGCAUCCAAGUGAAAGGAAAACACCUCCUCCUCCUAAAUGGGGAGAGGAUGAAAAUGAAGGAUAUAAUCCUCAUGAACCAUUUUAUGAUCCAAGAAAAGAUCCUUAUGCGUAUAGUCAAAGCAAUAGAAGGUUGAUAACAAAAAGAGAAUUUAAAUAACAUACUAAGGUAAUGAGUGAAUAGAUAGAUAGGCCAAAGAAAGCAUUAAAUAAUGCAUCACUAGAUGAGGAGCUCAAGAACCGGGAAAUAUUUCAUGACCACCAAAAGAAUACAAGCAUAUUUACAGAAAACAUGAAGAAAAAUAUUUAGUAAAACAAAGAAUUUCUUAUGAAUGGUCAAUUCAGGCUAAAUCUACCACCUGUAUUAAAUUCAAGUACAUCAAAGCCUCCAAAAUUGUAGCAGAAAUUAAUCCUUCUUAAUAAAGAAACAAACUCAUAAUAAUAACCAUAGCAAAAACCCCCUAUCAAUAUUAAAAGCUCUGGCAUUAUUCCACUUCUAAAUAAUAAUGGCCACAGGAUCAUAAGAAGUAGUGCUUUUUAAAAGAUGAAUAAUUGA